CGAGCAUAACCUCACAUUAUAACAACAAAUUAAGAUUUCAUUUAUGGCUGGAAUUAUUCGAAAAUUUUCAACGUCGACUAAUAACAGUCCUAUAGAGUUAUACAAGUAUUUAAUACGACAGUGUAGAAAGUUACCUAGUGGCCCCCGAGAGCAUUAUCAAUUUAUGAUUCGUCAAAGCUACAAGCAGCAUAUCAAUGAGCAAGAUAGUGAGAGAAUCAAACAAAUUAUAAGUAGAGCUUAUGAAGAUGCAGACUGGAUUCUAAAAAAGUACCUAGGUAAAAGCAAUUAAGCAAAAUGUUUCCAGUACCAUUAGCCACAGGUAGUGAACAGAUCCCAGUCUCAGUUUUUUGGGAAACAGUCUUGCUGUAUCACAACAGACCAUAUUUAGUGAACAAAUUAGUUACAGCCAUUACUAAGAUUGCUUUGUAUAAAAUCGAUUGCAAGGGUAGUUUCGGUCAUAUCAGUGAAUUAUUUACUCUAACUAGUAUAUUAUAUGAACGAAGAAAACUGAAAGAAUUAUCAAAAGAAACUAUAAAUGAUGAUUUUAUCAAAAGUUUUGUUGAGUGUUAUGAUAAAAGCUUUAAGUUGGAUAAAAUAAAUGAAGAAACCUUUCUUGAUAAUUUCAGUGGAGUUUAUAUAUCAGUUCAGGUUUUAAUAUCAAGAAGAAGUACUGAUCAUAAAGUUUUAGAAUUGGCCAUCUUCGAUAAAGAUACCAAUUCAGCUGUGUUUUUAACAGCUUAUGAAAAUUCCGAAGAUAUGAUAACACCAAAUUUUCCGUAUGAAUUUAAUUGGAAACAUGGAUGUUUUGGACUCAAUCUUCAGAAUUUUGAAGACGCAGAUACCAGUAAAGGUGAGUGGCUAGCUUUUACCUUGUUUCCAAAGCUUCUUAAAUGGUCAGAAGCUGAUGAUAGUAAAAAUACUAUAAGAUCCCUAUCAUUAGUGGCUCUAGAUGAAUACUGUGUCAUAUAUGAACGAUUGAAAAGAACUUACGUCAAAGAUUUGCUAAAGGACUGGAUAGAUAAGGCCAAAACUGACCCCCAAAAAUACAUCUUCGAAGAUAUUGCUAUAUCCGCUUAUCUCAUUUGUUUGUGGCAAAAUUACCCUAAGGAGGAAAUCAACUUUGUUGAUUGUGGCUGCGGAAAUGGCCUCUUGGUAUAUAUAUUAAAUCAAGAAGGCUUUAAAGGUUAUGGCAUUGACAUCAGGAAGAGAGCUAUCUGGGAUAUAUAUCCAAAAGAAACCAGAUUAGAGGUAGGAACUGUAACUCCAGACUCAUCUUUUCCUGAUGCUACGUGGCUUAUCGGCAAUCACUCAGACGAAUUGACACCAUGGCUACCAGUGAUAGCACUUAAGCAUUCAAGAAAAACAAACGUUUUUGUCAUCCCGUGUUGCCCGUACGACUUUAGCGGUGAAAAGUAUGUAAGGAAGAACACUAAAGUCAGUGUAUACGCAGAUUAUUUGAUCUACAUUCAGGAUAUUUUUCAAAAAUGCCAGUUUCAAGUCAGUGUGGAUAAAUUGAGAAUACCGUCGACUAAAAAAAUUUGUUUAGUUGGAUUAAACAGUUGUUCAACUGAUGAAGAAGUUAUGAAGGUUCUUGAAGACGUACAACCUUUUAUUGAAUCUAAAAUGGCGAGCGGAUUUACUGCUAGACCUAACACAGAAGCUGUUAGAAACUGUACACAGCUGAAACGGGAACUUACCGAUCGGUUAAUUUCUUUAAUAGUCAAUUUUUUGCUAAAGGAAGAAGAUCUGGUAUUGAAGAAAGAUGGACAACUCUGGAACAAAGGUCUCACCUAUCCAAUCGCAGAUUUAACAUCGAUUAUAUCUAGCGAGGACUUAAAAGCCUUAAAGCUACAGUGUGGUGGAUUGCAAACCUUGAUGAAAAACUUCAGAUAUAUAUUCGAAGUACAUAAAGGGACAGUCACUUUGCGCCUUCCAACAACUUAUGACAUAACUAAAGAAAGGUAUAGGACAAAGCCUUGUUGGUUUCAAAAGAACCAUCCUCAGGGUUGUUUUAAUACAGCUGAAGAUUGUAGUUAUAAGCAUUCUGUACCAUAAUAUAUUUUUUUAAAAUGCG